UUGUUUGGAAUUAAAGUGUUUCUACUUGUGCUGUUUAAAAAAUACCGUGUUGCCAACAAGUGGUUUUUUUGGAGUACCGAGUACCGACGCCCUAUGGAAACAGAACUCUAUUACUGAGGUACCUGUGCCUGUCCGUCGUUCUGUCCAGGCUGUAUCUUAUAAACCGUAAUAGCUAGACAGUCGAAAUUUUCAAAGAUGAUGUAAUUCUGAUGCUGCUCUAACAAUAAAUAGGUACUUGAAACACGAUUGCUAUGAUCAUGCAUUCGAUGUGUGAUAUACUUUGAUUUUCAUUAGGUACAUGAAAUCCUAAGUGGCUUAUUCUGACAAGCAUUUGGCCGGUUUCAUGAUUAAAGGAAAAUAAGAUUAAAAUAAUUUGUGAGGAUAAUAUAAAAAAAAAGCGUUAAAGUCAAAAUAACAAGUCGAUCGUAUUUUAUGCGCCUAUAUGUUAAUUCAAAAUUUAAUCUUAGCAUACGUAAUAAAUGAUUGUGCUAGCAUUACGUCAUAAUGCGACAAUAUUACAUUAUGUAAUUUCUGAUAUGUCUGACCGAUCAUCCAUUUAUAGUUAUUCAGCUAAAUGAAGUGCCUAUCAUAACUCUAGAUAUGCAUACGAGCCACAAUAACAAAGGACUGUGUAAAAAUAUUCAUUUUAUAAAACAACUUAUAAAUGGCUUAAGUCAAUUAACUAUUGUUAGUGCAUUAUAAACGUAAUUACAAUGGUUUUAAGUUUAAAAUGAUUUAAAGUGACUGGCAGACAGGUGUCCGUUCCAUGGUCAAUGACUUAUGAGAAAGAGAAAUGACGGAGUGCACGUGUUCAAGUAAUUCAAGGGUCUAACUACCAUGUGUGUUCUUUGACGUUUUUCCUUAGAUAAUAAUCAUUUUAAAACGAUAAGGGAAAUUGAGACCGGUGUCAAACAAUCUAGUUAUUGCUCUUCAAGCUACAAUAAGGCUCAUAAUAGCUUAAAUUAUUACAAGCAUAUGGAAACAGCUUAGAUAAUCCUAGGCGUAUUAUACACACUUAAACGUAUACUUAUUAGGACCUCAUUGUAAAAAACCAAUCAAGGUAGAGCCCAUAGGGUUCCAUACAAAUAGGAUAAAAUCGGAUAAAUCGGUCGGGAGACCUGUUAUUUGAACCUACCAAGAAAUGUAUGACUCUAACAACCAUGGCUUCACGUCAACCUCUUAAGUAUUUAAAAAAAGACACUUCGUCUGUGAAAAGUUCAGCUGUCUAUCACGGAUUUGACAUACAUCCUUGUGACUGAAGGAUGGACAUACAGAUGGCCUUCAGUAAUGGAGUUCCGUGUUACACUUUUACGGAACCUUAAAAAUAUAUCAAUAUUUCGUUUUUUUAUGAAUUUUUUAAAUAGUACAAAUCAAUAAAAUACAGAAAACAUCCAAAUCGAAGUCACAGCCAUUUCUGACGAAAUAUUCUGUUAGUAAUAAAAAAUAGUAGAACUCUAACGAGCUAUCGACCCUUCGAAUGUCACAUAGUGCUAGUAUCCGACGUUCUAUAUCAAAGUAGUUUUGUAAUUUAAUUACCAGUUACCUUUAGAUGAAACGCGAAAACGUUAAGUGUUAAUCAACGUUUGAAAAGAAUUCGUUACGCUCUCGCAUGCUGUUAAUUAUUUUUUCCAAUUUAUCUUCAAGGUGACAUGAUGGAACUAUCGUUAGGGUGUAGCUUUAAUUCCUUACUAACUGCGACUAUAGUUUGAAAACUAAAAGAGUUUCCUAUUAAAAUGUUCAUAAAAAUAUAAUAAUAGCGACAUAAAAUGUCUGUUAAACGAUUUCUUUUUCUUAGUAAAACAGGUGUGAAAUUAAGUCUUGAUAUAGGACUCGAGACACAUUGUUUUGUUUUAUGAACUGACUUUUCUAUAAAUGUUUUAAUAUUUAAAUGUACUCGUAACGAGAAUGCCCGGGCAUAGGAAUACAUUUUUGUGACUUACUUGGACAAACCCCAUUGUUUUGGGCAUAAAACUACGGCCAUUUUCUUUUGGUCACGUCAAACCAUUGACGUCAUGACAGUUAAAACUAUAUGCUAUUGAGUAUGUCAUAUUGUCCAGUAUUGUCUAUUUCUAUUCCAACAAACGGAAGUUUAAAUUAAGAUCAUUCUAACAAUUACAGUGAAGUCCAAUGUGCAUGCGCACAUGUAUGUAGUGUACAUAUUGAUUGUUAUUUAUGAUAUAUGCGUGACAUGUGGACACUGUUAUCAGUCGUACUCCAAUCUCCACCUGGACUGGUGUUGCGAGGGCGAAGACUGAGGUAUGGGAAAAGCAGCUGACGCUCGGUAAGAAUCAUGCCGGUACUACGCAACGCCGACCACCCGGUCGCCACGGUGACCGACUCCACCGCCACGCGGUACGUCGUCGCUGUGCUCGGAGCUUGGGCUGCAGAAGGAGCAACAUAUCCGUUCGACCUAACAAAAACAAGGCUACAGAUUCAGUCGGAAGUCGCUGGCGCUAAACAUGGCUACAAGUUAGAAAACCACGGCAUGAUCAAAACAGCAGUGGGUAUCGCGAAGCAGGAGGGGGUUGCCAAGCUAUGGACGGGCCUGAUGCCGAUGUUCCAACGCCAUGCCAUCUACUCUGGCUUCCGGCUAAUCAUCUACGAGCAUUUCCGAGACCACUUCAAGGAUGAAAAUGGAAAAGUCUCUUUGGGAAUCGCUUCAGUGGGUGGUCUCGCUGCGGGCUCGCUGGCGCAGCUGAUCGCGUCGCCCACGGACCUCGUCAAGGUCCAGAUGCAGGCUGAAGGCCGCCGGGUGCUGCAGGGCAAGCCGGCAAGAUUCACCAACUGCCGGGAUUGUUAUAAGAUGCUGUAUAAGGAGACCGGGAUCAAAGGAUUUUGGAGAGGCGCCAUCCCCAACGUGCAGCGCGCAGCUCUCGUCAACAUGGGAGACCUGGCGGCAUAUGACUACACCAAACAGUUUCUAAUGAGAGAGUUCGGGAUGGCUGACACGGCUGUGGUCCAUGCCGGCGCCGCCUUCGCCGCUGGCUUCGUGGCCGCUGUGCUGGGCACACCAGCUGACGUGCUCAAGACGAGACUCAUGAAUCAGCCCGUUGGACCCGACGGGAGGGGUUUGUCUUACCGCGGCAUGAUCGACUGCCUGCAACAGUCAGUGAAGCACGAAGGUGUGUUAUCGUUAUACAAAGGCUUCUUACCUCUGUGGAUGCGGCUAGGACCCUGGGCGCUUAUCAACUGGAUCGCCUUCGAGAAUAUCAUGCUGGCUAUUGGCGGUAAAACGUUUUAGAUCACCUGUCACCUGUGGUAUUUGCAAUCUGUGGUACAAGCCAGUUAGGGCGUAAGGCUAGUGCGGAUAGUGCCUGAAUGAUUUGGUAUUAUUGCGUCGCAAUUUCUGUUUUUUUUGUCGUGUGAAAAUUUACCAAUCAAAAUACAUCGUACAAUGUGUUGAUUGACUUAGGUAUCAAUUGUUUCUAAAACUAGUUAAAUAAUGCAUAGGAUCGAUGCCACAGUAAUAAAUUUAAUUCUAUAAAAAUGCAGAUACUUAAUACAAAUAAUGUAGGAAAUAAGUGGUAAAUAUGACUCAACUCACACAAAUAUUUUAUUAUCAGUUAAAAUAAGGUCGUGGUGCUAGAUAGGAGCUAGCAACAUUGUAACCGGUAUGUAUGUUCUCCAAAUAUUCGAAUCAUCAAAUCAGUAAUAAUAACUUCGCUGUUCCAUCAGUAAAAAUCUUGUUACUUACGAGACAACGAAACAAAAAUGUAUAUUAUUAUAUUUAUAAGGAAAAUGAAAAGAUGAUACAAAGGUAUAAGGCCUAUAACCUACGCUAAAAAUAUAUUUAUUAUGAUUGGCGAGAAUAUUAUGCAAACUUGUGUUUGAUUUGUGAUACUUAGUUUAGAUAUAAUAGAAACAAAUUUAUUAGGAGAAUUUUGAAUUAUUUAAAUUUUAAUGGUUAUUAUAAUUUGUUAAAUUGAUUUUUAACACGCUUUUAUUAGCUUCACUUGUUAAUAUUGUAUUCAGGGAAAUAGAUCUAGUUUGUAAGUGCAGAUGAAAAAUCAAAGUUCCAAGAUUAUAUUUUUGUUACUAUUGUUUACUUAUUUGUAUUUUUUUGUACUUAAGUCGGUGGCACAACGAAAAAUAGUUAAAUGCACUCCUGCUGUUUAAAAUGGGUUUGUUUUCUAAGUCAUUAUGUCACACUUAUAUUAUGUAAACGCCUGUACUUCGCAUCCUGCCAAUUGAUAGUAAAUCAUGAUUAUCUCAACACAUGAUACGAAAUUGACAUAAUUUGUAUGACGCAAGUGUGUUAUGAAAACUAUCCACAGUAUGGUGUCAUUUUUAGUAAAAGAUUUUUGUUUAUCUAUCUUCUUAGAGAGAGCAAAACAAAAACUGUGUUAUCGUCGCACAUUUACAAAAAUAUUAAUACAGCGCCUUCCUUUUCCGCUAAAAGACAAAACACUGUUACUUUUGCCACAAGGAGGUUCAGCAAUCUUUUUAGAUAAAUCAGUACACUUGCACAUAAUGUAUAGCGCAAUGCCUUAAUUUUAUUGAUAUACUGACACUGAGCAGACGACGAGAAAGCUAGACAGAAAUAUAACACCCACUGUUGAUCCAAGAAAAAAUUGUCACAUUCACUAACAAUUAAAUAUGUGAAGCUUAACUAAGGCUUUAUUUAAGUUCAAGCUAAGAUUAUAAAUACUUAUUUUGAAAGGGAAAAAUAUAUCUCUUAUAUUGUUUUACUAUUUUGGACUGGUCUGCUCAGUGCCUUAUUGCUGCCAAAGGUGCUAUUUUAGUCGAAUAAGUGUAAAUGCAUUAAAAACAAGCUUAAUUAUGCAGAUUAGAUGCUACUUACAUUGUACUUAGGUUGUAUGAAAAUAAUGAAUCUUUUUUCCUCGAGUUUUGUCAACUUUUCAGUUAGGUAGAAUGAAAUAACUAAUAGAUUAGCAUUUUGUCUGCUUGAUACAAAAUAAUCGUACCAAAUAAAUAGAACCAAGCAUAGAUAAUUAUUAAUAACUAUGACUUUAUUUCAAGUUUUACGAAUUGAGUGAUAAUAUAAUGUACAAACUACGGUUGUAUGAAGCAGAAUUGAAACGAGUUAUGUUGAGUUUAGCAAACCUUUGGAGGCUUUAUAAGUAACUUUUAUUUAUUACCAAAUUUAAAUGCGUGUGCCUCAAACAAUGCAAUAACUAGUACCUAAUGUGAGUGUAAUACGCGUCUCGUGUAAGCAGCACCACAUAGCAGUGUCUAGAAGUAGCUUUAAUGUCGUUAACUGUUACAAAUUGUGAUGUUAUUAUGUAAUAAAUUAUUAUAACUGUUGAAA